AUGCUCCAGUUAAAAUCCACCCUUAUUGAGUUUCUUAAAUGUAAGGUGGGAGACGGAUGUAACACGUCUUUCUGGUAUGACACUUGGACAAACUUUGGGCAGCUCAUUACCUUUAUAGGUGAUGCGGGACCAAGACAACUGCGCAUAAGAAAAGACGCCAAGGUGGCUGAUGCUGUAAGGAAUGGGGACUGGAAUCUUCCGGCCGCCCGAUCAAACAACUCUCUAACUCUGCUAGCAGCUCUAACCGAACUACCCGCCCCCACUUCUACCAGUGGUGCAGAUUCUUUCCUCUGGCGCAAUGCUACUGGGAAUUUCUCCUCAUCUUUCUCCUCUAAGGAAACCUGGGAGCAGCUUAGAGUUCAUUCCCCGCCAGUUCCUUUGGCUGCGGUUGUAUGGUUUUGCGAACAUGUACCGCGUUUCUCCUUUAUCACUUGGUUAGCUGUGCUUCAACGUUUCCCCACAAGGGAUCACCUUCGAGGGUGGGGCAUGAAUAUCCUUGCUGCCUGUGUUCUAUGCUCGACUGGUUUGGAAAGCCACCAUCACAUGUUCUUCAACUGCUCUUAUUCCUCAGAGAUUUGGUGCUCCUUUGCUAGCCGUGUACUUCCCAUCCCGCCACGUUCUAUUGACGAAGCCAUCUCCCAGAUCCUUCUUCUAAAUCAACCGCAUCAAGCCAUGGACUCAGCAAUCCUCAAACUCCUCCUUCAGACAGUGGUUUACCACCUAUGGAAAGAAAGGAACUCUAGGAUUUUCUCCGCCACUUCCUCACCACCAGCUGCACUACGACUUGUCAUGGAUCGUUCUAUGCGGGAUAAACUCCUGUCCUUCCCAGGGCAUAGCGUUGAUUCCUCCCUCUUUCUAACUUAUUUUACUCGUUUUUGGCCGCAUUUGUAA